UAAUUUCUUGGAUUUCCUUUGGUCCGCCAACUAACCCCACUCAGUUGAAUCCAAAGCCAAAGCGAGCACCAUACUUGUGGACUUUGAAAGAAUAAGAAAUAUCCAAGAAACCCUCCAACCCCUCACCUAUAUCACCUUUGCAACCCCAUGCCCAUGCAAUAGAACCAAAAGAACAACAGAGACAGAGAGAGAGAGAUGGGUAGGCCAAGGAUGGAGGAGGCCAGGUGCAAGAGGCACCCAAAGCACCAGCAGUCCAAAGGGGUGUGCCCCUUCUGCCUCCGAGAGAGGCUCUCCGGCCUCCUCGCCGGCUCAUCUUCGGGAGCCUAUUCUUCGUCGUCCUCCGUCUCUUCGUCCCCUUACUCCUCCGACUCCGACCUCUCCUCCUCGGCCAUCACUCCUCCCUACCUCCAUGAUCUAAAGAGAGCAAGGCUGUCUCUUCUAUUCAAGGCAAGAACUACUGAUGGCCGCCGGUUGGUCGGUAUCAGCGAGCCGCUGACGAAGAGCCGGUCUUUAGCUUCUGCGUUGCUCGGUAAUCGGAGGAAGGAAGAUAAAAAGGAGAAGGAGAAAGGGACUGAUAAGAAGAAGGAAAGAAGGUUCUGGUCUAAGUUGUUUGGUGGUUUGUGGAGGUCGAGGGAGGUUGGUGGUGUCUCGUUGCACUCCAGGACCUUCAAGGAGAAGUCCGCUUUAUUUGUAUAGAAAUAAGAGGCUCUCUCUUCCUUGUGCUUUGUAAGUUUAAUUUCUUUUUUGAUUUGCUUUGGUUUUUUUUUUUUUAAUAACAAAAUAUGGGUUACCAUUCGUGUAUAGCUCGAGGAAAGGUCGAUGGAAUCCGAUCAAGGUUUGAAAUUAAUAAUGGUGUUAUUACACACUAGAACGGUUUUUGGAGGUCAAAGUUCAUGUUGUUCUAUAUCAAUAUCUGGAAAUUGGAAUUAAACAGUAUAUAUUGUCUGGA